AAUCUGGCCGUCGAGGACUGAGAUCACCGAGCCAGGAUCACUACCGACACAACUAUGGAUUUUGCUGUGAGCCAGUCGAUACACGUCGUCCCCGAGCUUUUGGCCGUCGUCCUCGCGGGCUUCGGGAACGAAUUAAUACCUUUGACGAGCCCCUUGACCAGCGAUCAUGGGGACGAACCAUGCCCAAAAGCUUUGCUACCGAUAGCGAACAAACCAAUGCUCGAAUACCCGCUCGCAUGGCUCGAGCAAUCUGGCAUCAAAGACGUCCUCUUGAUCUGCCCUGCCGUCCAUAAAGAGCCGAUAUCGCACUAUGUCCACUCCUCCUCGUCCUUUCCCUCCUUAAGCAUCGACCUCCAAACGUUCGACGAGACGCAAGAUCUCAGCGUCGGCACCUGCACCGUCCUCCGCCACUUUGCGAACCGCAUCAAGCGCGACUUCGUGCUGCUUCCCUGCGACCUCAUCCCUCCUCCGAACCUGCCUCUUUCCACGCUACUGGACAAGUUCAGGACAGAGACCGUCAGCGACGGGGCGAUCGCGACCGCGUGUUUCAUCGAAGCCCCAAAGCCGGACAAGAACAGUCUCAUCGAUGAAUGGGGGAUGCCUGCGCAGAGGGUGCCGAUCGUGUACGACGAGACGACCGGGACCUUGCUGCACAUUGACACCCCCGACGACUCGGACCGCAACGCAGAGGAGAUCGAGCUCCGGAUGUCCCUCCUUUCCAAGUAUCCCAGGACAAGGCUAUCCUCUGUGUUCCAAGAUUCGCACGUCUACGUCUGCAAACGUACUAUCCUGGAUGCAUUGGAACAGAAAUCCGACCUCGAUUCCAUUCGCGACGAAUUCAUCCCCUGGCUCUGCAAGCCGCAGUACCAGCGCACCCGGAGACAGAAGUACGGACAAGUACUUGCGCCGAUCACCAACUCAACUUCGCAGGAGACGGCGCUGCGACAUUCGACGUUACACUUGCAGUCACCCACUUCCGGCGCGGACUCGGUAGACACGGAAGACUCGGAGGAAAAGCCCACCUCCUCCGCCAGUCUGCGGGUUGGCGUCGUCGUCCACCGCGCGAGGGACGGCUUCACCGGACGCGCAAACAACCUUCACUCGUAUCUCGAACUCAAUCGUCACUUCCUCACCCAAACGACGUACUCCCUCCCUAGCGACCCGGAAAACCGAGCUCUCAUCGACCCCAAGGCGAACAUCUCGUCCGAUUCGAUGGUGGGGCAGUCGACCCGCGUCGAAGAGCGGGCGAGCAUCAAGCGCUCGAUCAUCGGCCCGCACUGCGUCAUCGGGAAGAUGGCGAAGGUCGUGGGCUGUGUCCUUCUGGAUCACUGCGUUAUCGCCGAUGGCGCUAAGCUGGAGGGGUGCAUAUUGGGCAAAAGUACCAAGGUGGGACCCAAAGCCGAACUGGUACGCUGCGUCACACAGGCGGGAUACGAAGUCGAAGCAGGCGAAACGUAUAAACACGAGCGUCUUGAGACCAGCGAUUGGGCCGCGGCGUCCGAGGAAGAAGGCUCCGAAGAUGAAGAUGAUGGAGACGAAACCGAGAGCGAGGCCGCGACAGGGACAGGCACGCAGAACACGACCGACACAGAGGAGACGACCGAGAGCGAAGCGUAGGAGGAAACUGACGAGAGCAAUGAAGUUCUGGACGUCUCGGCGGUGUUUGCGGACAGUAGCGAUAGAUCACGCCGCACCUUACUAUGGCCGGAGCCGUGCACGCCUACGGGCACCCACAUCUGUAACACUCAGGAAUAGAAUCCACGCAAGAGUCCC